UAACUAUGAUUCCUGAACAUAUAAUCUAAAAACUCAAACCAUAACAAGGACAUUAUUCCAUUGAUGUUAAAGAAUCCUUCAUAGAUAAAUAACGUCGUCUCAGUGAAAUUGAACGAUAGACUGUUCUUUAAAAAAAACAUAAAGAAAUGUAAUUGUUUAGAUAAACAUUUUCAUCAUCAUAAUCUAAUUCUAAACUCUCAAAACCUGGCAAAAGAAUCAUGAUCAAAAUUAGAGGAUCCAAUUAGGCUAUUCCAAUACAACAAUAUUAGUAAACUAUAAAUCCUUCUCUCUCUACUCCUACAUCAAAUAUACCUUGUAAACAUUAUUAGUCAUUAUCUUAAUCAUUACCUCGUCUAGAAUCAGAAAAUAAUUAAAUUUCCCCUUUAACUAAGGAACUAUAACCUUAAUAAGAUAGUCUUAAUUAACCUGAACUCUAAAAUCAAAAUAUUUUAACAGAACCAAUAGAACAAGACUAAUAGAUAACUUCUGAUGAAAAUAUUAAUAAUAAUGAUCACAUUUAAUGUAUGGUUGAACAACAUCUAUCUGAUUAUCAAGCCUUUGUUAUGCAUUUAGCUGGUAUACAAAUAAAUGAUUAAAGAUAGGGAAAUGCAUUUGUGUUCAAUGUCCAUGUGAAAAAUGUAAAUGCAAAUUUGACUAUUAACCAUUCAAACCCAACAUUUCUUGGAAGUCUCAAUACAAUUAAGAGUUCAAAAAAACACCUUUCCAAGAUUAACAACUUAAAAUCAAUCUAAAUUCUUUUGGUCGAUAUCAAAAUUUAGAUUUGAAUGAAUUUAAAACAACUAUGGCUUCUGAUUACAAAUAAUGUGAUCCAUUCCCAAAUUUUGUAAUUGAAAAACAAAAAUAUUAAGCUACAAUUGGAUCUACACCAAUGACAUCAUAUAAUGUAUAAAUAGUAAUAUUUAGAAAUUUUAUAUGGAUUAUGGAGAUUUACACCAUGAAUAAUUCAAAUAAAGCCAUUAUAAGACUGUUAUUCCUGAGUUGAAAUUCAAUUCAUCAACAACAUAUGGUAGUGAAUUUAGGAUGCCGAAAUAAGUAGAAAAAGCUGUAAUUAAUUAAAAUUUUAUCAGAGAGUUAAAAACCUCCUGAUGGAAAACCUUUUCCAACAAUAGGCUUAUUUUUAGGAUAGUCAUAAAAUAAAUAAGUACACGAUUUAAAAAUGCCUGAGAAAUGUUAUUAAGUCAAGAAUUAUUAGGAUGUAAUAAAUAGAAAUUAUAUUUAUUUAUAUAGCCAAUUUAGAAUACUCCAGCUUUUGAGAAAUAAUUCAUGAGUAUGACAAAAAAGGAUUUUGUAAUAAAAGAAGUUCCAUGUAUUAGAAAUCAAUAAUAAUAAUAAUUGUGA